AUGAAGCGCCGUCCGGAGGUCUUCGAGGGCGUCCGCUGUAUGGUCGCGCCUCAGCCGUUGACGCUGCGAGUGGCAUUCGAUCGAGGCCUGGAGAUGCUGGGGAUUCCGUCAUCGUACAUGGAAGAUCUUGAGCGUCGGUUCUUCCUUCGAACGAGCUGCCGCGUCGAUCAGAUGUCGCCGGUGCCUGAUGCCAAACCUGUGCGAGUGCCGGCGUUCUUGUAUCAGGUUCACGACGACCCCGUUACGCGACCCAGCGACGUCCAGGCUGCGUACGACAACAUCCCAAUCUCAGAGAAGGGGCUACAUUGGAUCCGGGGAACGAUUACGCGAUUGUAUGGGUACAAGUACUUUCAGACGGAGCCGGAUCAGUUCUUGGAAUGGUUUGCACGGUUUAUGGUGUAA